CAGGUGAGAAGGAGAAGAAGGAGAGGUUGUUGUCGACAGAUGCUCCGAGCCGAAAAGGCGCCAUGGCCUCCUGGCACCGUCCCAGAAGGCUCUCCAUGCCGGCCGGAGGGAUAGGGAGAAGCUGGCUGCACCCUCAUCUCUGGGGUCCAGAGGAGGAGAGGAGGGUUUUCUGCCCCCAGGACAGUGUGAAAAUACUAAGACUGACCCUCCAGAAUGACCUUCCUGGGGACAGGCGCGACCAAGGAAAGCAAAAGCCGGUGGGAAGGGCCUUUGCCAUGGUGGCCAACCGGCCCCCCAGCAGCCACGCCUUGGCGUCGGAGUACGUCAAGUCCAGCGAGGGCGACGAGGAAAUCAUAAAGGUCUACCUCCGAGCCCGAGCCGAGGACAGGGCCCAGAACGAAAAGAGCCUCCAUCAACUGAAAAGUGACGGCUGUCAUCUCCAAGCGAAAACGCUGGACAAGCCGAACGGGAUCCGUCCUCACAGAACUACCUCAUUUCGCAGCGUGUCACUAUGCCAGGAUGAGCCGACGUACCCCGGAGAAGACAUCUCGAUAAUGCGGGAGACCACCAAGAAGCUGUUCACGAAACUUCAAGAGGCCGAGAAGCGCCACCAGUCAGACAGAGCCGCCUAUGAGACGUCCAUUUCCCAUUAUCGGAGGGAAGCUGAACAUUCGGGAGCAGCUCUCCGAAGGGCAGAGCUGGACUUGGAAGAGAAGGAUUUGAAGCUGGAGGAGCUGCAGAGACUCCUGACAGGGAUGGAGAAGGAGCACAAAACUCUGCUUCAGAAGAUGAGGGACGACGAGUCUGAGCUGGAGCAGCUGCGCAGCGUCGAGAAGGACAAAGUUGCCGAGCAGGAAAGGUCGGCCAAACUGGAGAAGGAAGUUGCCACAUUGCGGGAGAAGAUCCACCACUUGGACGACAUGCUCAAGAGCCAGCAGAGGAAGGUCCGGCAGAUGAUUGAGCAGCUUCAAAACUCCAAGACUGUGAUUCAGUCCAAAGACACAAUCAUCCAAGAACUCAAAGAACGUGUGGCCUACCUGGAGGCUGAGAACCUUGAGAUGCACGACCGCAUGGAGCACCUUAUUGAAAAGCAGGCCCAGAGCGCCGGGGUCCACAAUGCAAGGCCCCGCUCCAAAUCAGAGUACGUCAGCAGCAAACGGCUCACCAAGUCUCCGGGUCCCAAACCUUUGCCUCUCAUCCGAGUGCUGGAAACAUGAACUCAAACUCCUCUCCUCCGCUCCCCG